AUGAAUCGAUCAUCAUCGAUUGCAUUCUACAUGCAAACUUUGGCUAUAUGUGAUGUAGCAUUUUUUGCAUUACGUGUUCUCUUCGGAGAACUGUCAAGUCUAUCAGCAAACAAACAUAUAUUAACAACAGGAUUGUGUAAAUUUCUAUUUUUGAUGGUUAAUGCAGUGAAUUAUACCACUGUAUGGCUUAUUGCCGCGAUGAAUGCCGAUAAAUUUCUUGCUGUUUGCUUACCAUUACGUGUAUCGGAUUUACUAUCACGGAAAAAAGCGUACGGUGUCGUCAUUACUGUUAUUAUUUGUUCGAUGCUUGUUGCAUCUGUGCAUGCCAGUCGAACUGUAUUAAAGAAUAAUGCGUAUUGUUGGCUUAAAACGGCUGAAGAUGAAAAGCUUGUUUUCAUUCUCGAUGCAUUUUUUUGGUGCUUUAUUCCAUUUAUUGUUAUUUCAAUUCUAAAUGCUGCCAUUUUCCUUGCCCUAUUUCGAGCACGUCGCGAUGCAUCGCUUUUGCAUGAAUCAACAUCGAUCACACGAACAGCGAGCAAUCCGUUUCGUUCAUCAGUAAACAAUCGUGCACGUAUGCAGUCACAAAAUCUGCAAAUCACAGUCAUGUUGAUUACCAUUUCGAUUUCAUUCUUCGUCUUAACAUUACCAAAUGCAAUCUAUUAUUUAAUGAUCUUUCUGCGCGUGUUCAUCGAGAGCUGGAAAGCAGUCAAAUGCGACACCAAUGUUUACCGAAAUCUUGAUACUUAUGUUCAGACAUCAGCUGUCAUUGGUGCACGAUUUCGGAAUGAGUUCCGUCGGUUAAUUUUCUACAAAUUAUGUCGUUGGUGUUGCAAACAACAAAAUAAACUUACUCACAAGGAUAACAAAGGAAAAAGUGCAUUUAUUCGUGUGAAUGGUGCGACGACUAUUCGAACGUUGCCGUCGUGUCUGGAUGAAAGUAAACAACACUCAACGUCGAAUAAUUCUUGUACAGCAAUGAUGAAAGACAAACGAUUUGGACUGGCGCGAUCACCAACAAACAACCUUUCGUCAGGUGGUAGUAAAAAAUUACGACAAAAUCAAUAUAUGUCUAGUGGAACAGAUGUAGAUGAUAAAAAGGAAAGUGGUGAUCUGAUUAGACAAUGA